AGGGAGGCUUUGUAUAUCUCUUUUAUCUCAUCUCAGUUUCCUUCUCUCUCCGUCCAAAAGUGACGUUCUCAACACAAGAACGGUUUUCUGUGUCUAAGCGCUCUUAGUGGUUCCGAUUCUUUCUCCACUUUCAACUUGUCCGUUUCUCACUCUCCCUCAAAUCUCAUUCUCUCUCUCUCUCUCUCCCUUCACAUUCUCUCUUUUCCGCCCAUUUCAGUUGAGCCAUUCUCUCUUCUGCUUCUACUUUCUAGUCAAUUCAACCCCCCAUCUUCACCUCUGAUCCAAAGCUGAGAACUUGCUUUCUGGGUUCAAUAGCUACACUCACAUGCUGUUGUGGGUUGCCUUUAAAACAUCACCUUUGAAGACAUCUCGGGUCGCUAACUAACCCCUUUUGUUGAUUUUGCAACAGAAAGGUUUAAUAAUAAUAAUAAAAAAGGUUGUGCACUUCGUGGUGUGGUCUUUGUGGGGGAUUACGCAGAUCUGCAUGUUAUCUAUUAUUUCACAAUAUCCAAAACCAAAAGAGCAAGAGAGAGAAGAAAAAAACGGAGUGUUCUUUUUUGUUUUCUCAUCUUUUAUAUAAAAAAAAAACUAUACCUUUCCUUCUUAUCUUACCCUUAAUUCCUUACAUUAAUUGAUGACUAAAGCUGGUUCGCUGCCAUUUUAGCUAUCUCAAUCUGAAAAGUGUGCAAUUGUGAUUGUUGUGUGGGGGUGGUGGUUGAAAGUUUGCAAAAGUAACGACAUAAUUCUGAAGGUGAAGAAGAAAGUGGUGUUGUGUGGAUUGUGAAAGGUUUUGAUUUUUGUUGGUUAUUCUCAAAAGGGUUGUGACGGAUCCUUCAAGGGAAGAAAGUGGGUGCUCGAGUGGUGUGGAGUGCAUUCUUGGCAUUCUAAGGGCCCUUAAGAUGGGGUCCUGCUUCUCUGCGGAAAGCAGGAGCCCUCACCCCAAUUCACCAAAUUCAUCAUCUUUCAGGAAGAGCAAGAGCAACUCCAAGAAGAGGCUUGGAUCAAGAACCUCUUCAUUUGAGUAUUGGAGGAAUGAGCCUCUACAUAGGAUCCCUGGGAGGAUCUUCCUCAAUGGCUCAUCCCAAGUUGCAUCCUUGUUCACUCAACAAGGGAAGAAGGGUACCAACCAGGAUGCCAUGGUUGUUUGGGAGAACUUUUGUUCUAGACAAGAUACUAUUUUCUGUGGAGUUUUUGAUGGCCACGGUCCAUAUGGUCACAUGGUUGCGAAAAGAGUGAGGGAUUCUCUUCCUCUAAAACUGAAUGUCCAUUGGGAACAAAGUGCAUCUGGUGAAGAAGUCCUCAAGGAGAUUAGCGUUAAUACUGCAGGAAGCAUGAAUUCAGAAGAGGCUGCAUUUGCAUCUGCUGAUGAUGAAUCCAGGGUAUCUGUUGAUGCCGAGGAAACAGAAAAACACCCAGAAAUCUUUCAGACACUUAAAGAUUCCUUUUUGAAGGCAUUCAAAGUUAUGGAUAGAGAACUGAAGACCCACCAAAGUAUUGAUUGCUUCUGUAGUGGGACAACAGCAGUAACUCUGGUUAAGCAGGGACAUGAUCUUAUUAUUGGAAAUGUUGGUGACUCUAGAGCUGUGCUGGGUACAAGAGAGAAAGACAAUUCUCUUGUUGCCAUCCAGUUAACUGUGGAUCUAAAACCCAAUCUUCCAGCCGAAGAAGAGAGAAUUCGCAAAUGUAAAGGGCGUGUUUUUGCUCUUCAGGAUGAACCUGAAGUUGCUCGAGUCUGGUUGCCAAACAAUGACUCACCUGGCCUUGCCAUGGCAAGGGCAUUUGGAGAUUUUUGUCUUAAAGAUUUUGGCCUGAUAUCUGUUCCCGAAGUGUCAUACAGACGACUCACUGAGAAGGACGAAUUUGUUGUCUUGGCAACAGAUGGGAUUUGGGAUGUUCUCUCAAACAAAGAAGUGGUGGACAUCGUGGCAGCCGCGCCAAGGCGUGCCUCGGCCGCACGGGCGCUGGUCGAGUCAGCGGUUCGCUCAUGGAGGUACAAGUAUCCAACCUCCAAAGUGGACGACUGUGCCGUGGUUUGCCUCUUUCUGGACUCGGAUUCGCACAAAGUGUGUAGUGCUUCCAAUGUCAUCAAGUCCAAGGAACAACCUAGUUCAGGUAUCCAAGUCCACAAUGGCGACAACGGAGAUGUUCCUGCACCUACUGGUCUGGCAAGGUCAGGAACUUGCAGGGAAAACAAUGAAGAUAACAACAACAACCACAACCACAACCAUAAGGAAGAGGAAAUAGAUACUGAUGCAGAAAUAGAGUGGUCUGCUCUCGAAGGAGUGUCGCGUGUGAACACAUUACUAAACCUCCCAAGGUUUGAACCUGACAACAAAGACAAGGGGAUGAGAAAACACAAAUGAAAAAAAAAAUGGUUCAACCAAGAAAUGUUGAGUUGAGUUAAAGAUGUUCUUUUACUUUAUAUUUGUUUAUUUUGUUUUGUUUCCCAUAAUCAUUAUAUAGAUACAUACCCUUUUUCUUUUCUUUUUUUUUUUUUGUUCUUUUUGCACAAUUUUCUUUUCUAUUUAUAUAUUCAUGUUCCCACCCAUUGAUGUUUUUGUUUGGACUAUAGAGAGGAUGGCUGUUUUGGGCUCUUUUAGUGUGUCUGGAAAUCUGUCCUUCCUCACGUGUGCUUGAAGAUUUUGUAAAAUCAAACUCGUCAUAGUGCAUACCUAAUAAUUUUAUUUUUUUUAAUAAAGUCAUAAAUGGCUUAUUUAUUUAGUUA